AUGUCCUUCCCAAUCUCCAUCCCCUGGAUUCCCCUCCUCCACCCACUCGUGCAAUGCUCCCCAUCCCAACCCGCCAUCACCGCCGCCCUGCCCAACCAAAGCCCAGGAACAAAUAAACCUCGCUUCUGGGGGUACACCAGCAGGUCCGACUCGUGGUUACCCCUCUUCUGCCGAACCGACUCCACCUACGGCACCUUCGGCACUAUCGUCGACUGCUGCCCCACCUCCGCCGCCUCCUGCCACCCCGCGACGCGAUGCUUGUCUGGAAACAUCGUCCAGCACCCGAUCGGCCGCGCGGAGACAUAUUGCUUCGACGCCUGAAACCCCGUCCUCAUCCUCUCCACCGCCAACGACCCCGCCCCACACACCCAGUUCAGUUGCGCCCCCCCCCUCCAUGACCCUUCUCCGCGCUAUCGACGCCGCCGCCACCGCUAAGUCCCAAUCGCCUCCCGCCAAAACUAGUCGCGAAGUGGGCGCAAGCCUCGUCGGCGUUAUCUUCGGUUUUGUCGUUGCUGGCUUGAUCGUCCUCAUCCUCCCCGUGGUGGGGAUCGUUUGGUUCUACCGCAGACGGAAGGUGCGGAUGAACGCUUGGACGGAGCUGAGCGAUGUGGCGCCAAACCGGGAG